AGUCUGAUGAAAAUAAUAUUAGAAUCUCUUCUUAUUUAAUGUAUAAUAAUGAAUUUAUGUCCAUUUUACAACAACAACAACAGCAGCAGCAGCAGCAACAAAGUAAUGUAUUUUAUGAUAACGUAAAUUCUGAUUGCAGCCAACAACAAGCAGAAAGAAGUUGGUCGAAAAAGGUAUUACACGAAAUAUCAGGAUUAAUCUAUGUACUUUCACCUACCGGAAAAGUGAUUUAUUGUUCAGAGUCAUGUAUAGAACAAACUGGAUACCAGCCUUAUGAACUUACUGGGAAAUUAUUGAUUGAUUUCCUUCAUGUAGAUGAUGUUAGUAUGUUUUUAAACCAGUUUCAAAAUGCCUUUAAAUCUAUGUCGCGAAUAAAAGUGCAUUAUCGAAUGCGGUGUAGAAAUAAUACAUAUCUCUUAUUAGAAUUAAUAGGGCAACCAAAGCAGGAUAGAUUAGAUCAGUUACCACACUCAUUCUUAGCCAUUGCUCAACCUUAUAUUUCCAGAAGUGAUGGCUUACUUGGUUCAUUCCUUGAGAUCAAAAAAGAAAAUGAAUGGCUAAAAGAAAAAUUGAAUUAUAUUUUAUCAUUGCGUGGUUCUUCUUCUUCUUCUCCUACUUCUUCAGCAGAGCAACUGGGGCAACUCGUCUUAACCCAACAACAGCAACAAUUGCAAUAUUAUUACUCUCAGCCUUUUAUGAUUCCUCCCUUGUUUGAUGAUAAUAACAUAUUACUUACAGUAAAUAAUGUAAAUUUAAAUUCUUCUCAAACAUUACGAAAGCAAUCAUCCAUUCAUGCUAGCUCAGCUAUUACUACUAUGUUUCAAACUAAUAAUAAUAAUAAUGAUAAUGAUAAUAAUAAUAAUAAUAAAAAUACGAUUGAGGCAAUAGCAGAAUUAGAAGAUAGCAAAUGCCAAUGGAAUAAUGAUAAUAACCUAUAUACCCCAUCAAUGACGGCUUCUGUUUCAGGCCUGAAUGAAGACAUAAUCAUUAAAAGUACUCAAAAGCAAGAUAAACAAAGCAUUGAGAAUAGAGAGAUUAUUUUACCUUAUACUGCAAACCCAUCUUCAUCUUCAAAUGAGAAGGCGCUUGAACAGAAAGGCAACUGGAAAAGAAGAAAAAGUAAAUAUCAAUUUGAAUAUAUUUGUACUGAUUGUGGAACAACUGCUUCUCCUGAAUGGAGAAAAGGUCCUUGUGGGCCCAAAACCCUAUGUAACGCAUGUGGAUUACGAUGGUCAAAGAAAAAUAAAAAAAAAAUAUAAAAAUUAUCAGAAACUAAAGAGAAUUUCUACGAAUUAUUAAAAAAGAAAAAAAAAAAAAAA